GUCUCCUUUUCCAUUCAUCAACUGACGUAUAGCCAAUCUGUUUCUAAUAAGCUGCUUGACUCGGUUGAAAAGCCACAAUGACAACAAUUCAAUCACAAUGGGAUCAGACACUCGCGUUAAGAGACGGAGAGGAGGAACACGCAAGAAAACAGGAUGGUUUCUUUUCCCGACCUUGUUAGUGUCUUCGACCCCAUCAUACUUACAGUUUCCAGCUUCACCUGUCCUAGCUUCAACUUGGGAUAUUGGUCACGCGAGCUGCCCGAGUCCUCAGUGUUCGUCUUCCAGGGACUCCGUCCCUGCAUCGUCCAAAUCAUCGGUCCACUCCACAACCAUGACAGCGCCUGCAAACACUCUUCGCCAGAUGAUACCGCAGCCGACAGUGUCCCUCACCUCAGAGAUGGUCUACCUUCUCAGCGCCGACAGGGCCUUGCAACAUGGAUGGAUGUCUUUGACCUGGGCGGCACAUACCAGCGCAAAGUCGCUCGUCGAGAUUUGACAUCCGACCUUCUCCUCCGCUGCAUAUGCGCUUUUACUGCGCGGCAGCUCUGCCUACGUGCUUCAGGUGAGACUUGGGCUCCAGUUGCAACAAACUACUACAGACAAUCACUACACCUGUUGAUCCAGCAACUAAAUAGCUCCGAGCCACUAAGAGACACACUAACAGCAGUCAUUCUCCUGGGGAGCUACGAGGUCUUGGCAGCUCAGGGUCAAGAGCAUCAUCGGCACUAUGAAGGCGCAUUGAAGCUUAUUCAAAUACGAGGCAUCAGUGCUCGAUCAGUCGGUCUUGAUCGCGCAAACUUCUGGAUUUGGGUUCGACAUGAACUCACUAUUGCAAUCACAAAUAAGACGCCGCUGCAAUUAGAUCCGUCAGACGGGAAUGUUAACUGGCGGAAAGGAGAAACUGCCGAAGACCUGGCGGUGAACUGGGUCUACAAGGAUAGGACACCUUCUGAAUAUCACGAGCUGCUGGUGGGCAUUGAGAUUUGGUAUACCGGUCUGUUCCAGCAUUUGAGAGGUGUGAAAUAUGGAAAGCCGGUCGAAGAUGGACUGUUUAAGGUUCAUUUUGCUGUUCUUCAAACAGGUUCGUUCACUGCCAAUACCUGCAGAUCUUUACUGCCACUUAUUCAAGAUCAUGCGACUGAAAUUAUCAACAUCUCGAUUUCGGAUAUACCAGACCAGGUUCUGUGUUCCUCAAUCCUACCCCUCUAUUUCGGGUGUGGAGAACAGGGCUUCCCGUCCGCUCAGCCGUACUUAAGCCACACGCCGGGAGGUUAG